AUGGAAGCUCUGGAAGUGGCUCGUGCUCCUGAGAAUGAACUCAGGAAUGGGAAUUCUCACGCAUCGAUGAACGCUUCGGAUCAUGGUGGUACGACUUCUGCAGCAAUUGCAAGCCGAUCGCAUAAUCCGCGCGACUCAUCGACGACGAAGUCUGAUGGAAACCGAUCGGCUGAUACCUCUCAUGGGAACAAAACGAACUCUAACAAGUUUCGCUGCCGGGUAGCUAUGGCCUGCGUUCAUUGUCGGCAUCGAAAGAUUCGAUGCGACGGUGCUCAGCCGUCCUGCUAUACGUGCACACGGCUGCAGCGCAAGUGUGAGUAUGAGCGUGUUUCCGAACAAGACAACUUGCUCUCACGCGAACGCAAGCGCCUGAGCCGCGAGCGCAAGGCUGCCCGACUUGCUGCGUCGGCAUCUCAAGCUGCCGCCGCUUCGCAGCCCACCCACGGUCAGGCACAGGGACAGCCGCAAGUGCAAGUACCAACUCAGCAGCUGCAUUCUGCUCGCUCCCAACAGACGAAGCACCAAACUAUACCAGCUUCAUCGCUCCCAACGUCUUCUGACGAGAAAAACAUUGUAUCUAUGCCGCAAAUCCAACCGCCUACAUCCAAAUCUACCACAUCACCAUUUUCUUUGUCCAUACCUAGUUUAGGUGUCACGCACACGCCAACUGAGGUGGCACCAGCCCUGAUUCAGCCGCCCAACGAUCCUGCCAUGGCGUCGGCGUGGUCUUCAGGUGCCAAUACGCUUGUUCCAUCCAAGGACCUGAUGCCAUGGGCUAUUCCUCCUUCUCUGACGACCACCGAUGCUGCGACGCUUACAGCGACGAACUCUAUUUCGCCUUCUCUGAGCACCAUCUCUGGCACUCUUCCAAAUGACGCACUGCCUUCCCUACGAUCCACCGCUGACCCUAGCUUGUUAGAGAUGAGUGCGCCACCAUCGGCCUUGUCUGAUGCAUCGCCUUCGUCGCCAACGGGCGGCUUGGCAGAUGCCACGUCUUUAUCGCCUACUGAGCCGCCGUUCGGGAGCGACACAGGAACGACCCUUUCUUCCAUGUCAGCUGGUUCGUUGUCUUCUGAAGCAACGUUGGUUGAUCCUUUGGAACUUAAGACGUCUCUUGAUACUCCCUUGAAGCUGUUUAGUGACCAGCAUCUUCCCAGUUCGAUGGCGGCGGCCACUCCCUCGUCCGUCGACUCGCUCGCCUUUAGUGAUUCGACCACGUCACACGCAUUUGGUAACAAAGCAUCGAUGGCAACAUCACCCCUCUCACCGCAAUUGGCUCCACCUUCUUUUGAUACCAUUGAUACCGGCUUUGAUCACUGCUCACUGGGUAGUUUUGACCCUGACUCUGAAGAGCACGAGGCGGGCUUGGGCUUAUAUAGCUCCUCCUUGCCCACUUUGGGACACACCGGUCUUGGUAUGGACCUCGAGCCCAGCAGUCUACCUAUCUUGUCGUCUUGGGCGCACCCUUCUUCCAUGGUGUAA